CGCACAAGGAGUGGAAGGAAAAAUUUUGUUAUAUCCGGAUGGCUGAUAACCCAUUCCCGGGGGCCCUGCGCAAUCACUUCCGUAGGCAUCCGAAGGUGGGCAGCGCGGCACUGCAGAAGGCUGGUAAGAAACUCACUGAGAAGCCCGAGGGCUCUGAUAAGGUGAUCGCUAUCAAGGCGGCGACACUUCCAGAGGAUCUUUACCUGCUGGGCUUUAGGCGGUAUCGCCUCCCGGGGGAUGAAGAUGAGAAAUAUCCUGAGAUCGACCGGGGGUAUCAAAACGCCGGAGGUGAUAUUAUGGACGUGCAAGCCUUCGCUCGGUUGUCCAAAAAACUGGCCAAGGUGCCGAAGAGGAAGAAGGAGGAGGG